AACUAUACGAGAUUCAGAUCAGUCUGUCCGUGUGUGCUGUGUUGAGUGGUUGUUGAUUAUGUGAACAUUUUUCAAGUUUUAUUUGAAACGAGUUUCGAUAAGAAGAUGCUGUGAAAGACUCGAGAUCAACACGAGAUAGACAACUUGAAAUCACGAAAUAUACGACCGAACGAAGAAACAAUACAAUUAAAAACUCAUCCGUACCUUAGAAUGUGUUCAAUAAUACGAUAUUACCUGCCUAAUAAAUAGAGAAGAUUUGUAAAUAUUGUUCAUAGUGAAGAUAUGCAAUUCUGACCGUGUUAGACAGAGAUAGCGAAAGAAAAAGACAGAAAGCUGCGUCCGAAAAUAGUACGUUCAGAAAUAGAGAAAAAAUGUUGGGCUCGGAGUCAGUACAGAAGGGUGAGGCGGCGGGAGCCCACGCCGCAUGGUGGCAGACACCAUGGAAAACUAUGGCUGACUUAGCCGAAGCGGUUGACGACCUCAUAUGCAGUUUCGAUUAUAUGGACACAGCCAUGGACAAUCUCGUGAUGCUUAUAUUCAUAUGGAUACUGUUCUCCAUCGUCAUCCUCGGGAUUGCAAAAUGGGCUUACGGCAGGUUCAGCACGAGGUCCGUAGAAGAUAAAACGGAAAAGACCAAGCCGAGUGACGAUGCAAAGAAAACGGCGAACGAAAUUAUCACAAGUGCUGACAGCGUUCUAGCCACCAGCGCGAAAGUGAAGACUGGUGCCUUCAAACCUUCGAAACCAACCAGCUUCGUGCCAGCCACUCCUCCUACCAACAAAAAGAGACUGGGCCGCAUGUCCCCCGGUCCUGAACAACUGACAUUAAAGAAACACCAGAGUAUUAUAGUGCCAACCUGCACAGGCGCGGACGCGCCGAGCGUUCAGUGGGUUAACGAAUUAUUGACGUGGUUAUAUAAUGAUCUUGUUAUUGUGAAUGAUCUUGUGCAGCAAUGGAUUGUCUCCAUGAACGAGUUCUCGAAGAAGUCCGUCGAGGAGCAAGGCGUGGGUGUCGAGCUGGUCCGUGCGCUGGACAGCAACCCACCGAACAUAUCCAACGUGUUCUGCGAGUGCGACUCUAAGGAUGACGUGACAAUAACCUGUGACUGUGAGGCGACGCCCGCCUUCCAACUGAAGGCUUUCAGUCAGCGAGGCGAGAAGGUUGAGGUGUCGCACUACAGGGUCAACGUUAACAAAUUCCGAGCUCGUCUCCACGUGGUGUGUAUCACUGAUAAACUAACUGGUGAACUGAAGUGUGACGGAUGGCCUGAUGUGAAGGUGGCUCUGGCGCCAGUAGGGGCGCUGAGACCCAACGCCGCUGAGAGCGACUUGCAACAACUGAUUAGUGACAUAGUGGUCGGCGCGCUUCGCAACACACACCUACUCUUCAACUUUUCGCUCUACCCAACAUGUCCAAGAUUAAGGCGGUACCUAGCUGACGCCGCUCCACGUCUACCCCUGCAUUAUGAUGCUAUGCUUCAUCAAGAUCGUCAAAUGUACACCUCAACACCCAACUCAACAGCUGGCUGUAUACAGCUCCUGGGAGACAAGCGGCUACUUGUCAAGGUGGUGGAGGCUAAAGAUUUAGGGGGUAAAGCCGGUUGCGUGGCUCCCUACUGCGUGGUGGAAAUGGACGAACCCCCGCAGAGGAACCAGACAGCCUUCAAGAAAGACACAAACAACCCUCAUUGGGAUGAACACUUCCUAUUCGACCUCUCGCCGCAGACGGCGGAACUUCUCUUCGAAGUGUACGAUAGGACUGGACCUCCCUCGCCUGGAAACACCACCUCACAACACAGGUUCCUAGGUCUGGGGCUCGUAGGCAUCGACGAACUGCUAGCGGCGCCCUCGCAGAGACAACAGAUCGGGCUCCAGACGCGGCCCAUGGAGCAGCACGACGUUAGCGGAAGCCUCACUGUCGAGUUCCUAUUCAUCGAAGGAGCAGACAUACCUGACCUCGGGUCGAAGCCCUUCAAGAUCAAGGAGAGUCUCCGCACCGUCACUCCUCAGGGCAGACUCACCACCACCACUAAGACCACCUUCCAGCAAAAUGGUGACCUUUCCCCAGGACACGACCCCAGUCAGCUCACGGAGUCAGCUCUACGCGAGUUAGAGCUGAGCCCGACGAGCGCCGCCAACAAGUCCACACUCAUCAUACACUCCGUGCAGAGGGAGCCGAUGAAAUCGAUAAAGGUCGAAUUAACGGACUCCGGGAAAUUCAUCGAGGUUGAAAAAGAAGCUGUACAGAACAACCAAGAGAUCACAGAAAAGAUUAAUGACAAGCCAAUUGAAAAAACUUCCACUCCUAACCAAUCUCCCGCCAAAAGUGUAAGGAUAAAGGAAAAUGGCGCCAAAGCUAAUGGAGACACAGAUCCGCAAGGAGACUACGUGAACCAGGAAGCGCCUCCGGAACCCGCGCCGCGACAGAAGAGGAAACGUGACUUCUUCGGAACCAUCAAGAGAAGAUUAGGUAGAUCUCGAACUCGGGGCCAGUCUCUAGAACAGGACUCAGAGUCAGAAAAUCAACGAAUACGCAGCAUCAGCGCUGAGAGAAAUAGUCAUGAUAAAGCCUUAACACUGCCCAAUAGAAACGUAUAUUCCGCGGGAGCGUCACCCGCACAGUCCGGAGACGAAUCCAGGACGUCCAGAAGCGAAGUCUCCGGAUUCAGUACAGCUUCAGCUCGGACCUUCAUCCAUGAGGCCUCGACCCUGGUCCUGGAGACCAUAGAGGCUGGUAUCAAGAAGCAUUACCUGGUGCCAUUGACAGUCGCGCAGAGAUCAAGAUGGAGGCGAAAGGGCGUUAAGCUGCAUAUUUACAAUGAGCAUACUUUCAUCGCUAAACAUCUUAGCGGUGGCACAGUGUGCGAGGUGUGCCACAAGACGGUGGCUCGCCGACUCGGCAAGCAGGGCUACGAGUGCCGCGACUGCCGCCUGCGCGUGCACAAGCACUGCCACGUGCGCGUGCCCGAGCCCUGCGCGCGCUCCACCGUGCACGACAUGGAGCUAUCCAUGCUCCCCGUGUUAAGUGAAUAAACAGCGAGAAGACUGCAAGAAAAAAACAAAAAAUACAAAAAAAAAAACAAGCUAUUCAGGGCUUACAUAACAUCACCAUACACGGACAAGAACAUAAGAAUGUUGUGAUCGUCGCCAGGCUUAAGCACAAAAUAUAUACUUAAAUUAUUUAAUUUAUUAAGAAUAAAGUACAACACCUAUGUACGCUACUUAUACAUUGUAAAGGCUUUUUUACAAAUAUAUUUAUAAAUGUAAACGUUAUAUGAAAUUGUAUAUUAGUUUUAAGAAUAAAAAGUAGUUUCCC